AGCAGCUGAAUUCUGGUAAAUGAGAGCGAGAGAGAAAAACAGAGCGAACACACGCACACGCGAACAGUCUAAACCACGUGAGCAAGACACCGGAAGUAAGCUUAUGGUGGCCCCUCUCAAAAUGUCGGCACCCGAGGAAGACACGUUUUUGAACGAAGAUGAAGAGGAGAUGGAAGGGGGUGGCAGCGACGAGGAAGACAUGGAAGAUGGUCAACAGGAGGAAGAAGAGGAGCCUCAAGUUUAUGUCCCGGGUAUUCAGCCUCUCCAGCCUGGAGAGAAGCUCGAGAUGGACAGGUCUGCUUACCGCAUGUACCACGAGUGCCAGACAGGUGCUCCUUGCCUGAGCUUCGAUGUGUUAAGAGAUGAGAAUGGAGAUGGCAGAGAGCAGUAUCCCCUGUCAAUGCUGCUGUGUGCAGGCACGCAGGCUGACUCUGCACUGAGUAACAGACUGCUUGUCAUGAGGAUGCACAACCUCCACGGUACUACAGAGAAGGAGAAGGAGGGGGAUGAGAGCAGUGAUGGAGACAGUGAUGAAGAUGAAGACGAUGAUGAAGAUAAGAAGCCACAGAUGGAGCUGGCUAUGAUGCCUCAUUACGGAGGGAUCAACAGAGUCCGGGUGACCCAUCGGGGAGAUCAGUCUUUGGCUGCGGUCUGGUCCGAGAAAGGUCAGGUGGAGAUAUUCGACCUCAGAUCCCAGAUGGAAGCUGUCCACAGUUCUGCAGCCAUGUCAACCUUUGUCAAACAGCAGAAGGAAGCCACACCCCUUUUCAGUUUCUCGGGUCACAUGACGGAAGGCUUUGCCAUUGAUUGGUCUCCCAAAGUACCAGGUCGGUUGGUCAGUGGCGACUGCAAAAAAAACAUUCACGUGUGGGAACCACGGGAGGGAGGAUCUUCCUGGCAGAUCGACCAACGGCCUUUCAGUUCUCACACCAAGUCAGUGGAGGACCUGCAGUGGUCACCUACAGAAGCCACGGUUUUUGCAUCCUGCUCAGUGGAUCAAACCAUCCGGAUUUGGGACACGCGAGCCCCGCCCAACUCCAUGCUCUGCGCCAAUGAGGCGCACUCCUCAGAUGUCAAUGUCAUCAGUUGGAACAGGAGUGAACCAUUCCUUUUGUCCGGAGGGGAUGACGGACUCCUUAAAGUUUGGGACUUGAGGCAGUUCCAGUCGGGCCGGCCGGUGGCUAACUUCAAGCAGCACAGUGCUCCGGUGACCUCAGUAGAAUGGAACCCCGUGGACUCCAGCGUGUUUGCCGCUUCUGGAGCGGAUGACGUGGUCAGCCAAUGGGACCUGUCCGUGGAGUCGUCGGAUGUGGGUGCCAGGGCGGAGGGGCUGAAGGACCUGCCGCCCCAGCUGCUGUUCCUGCACCAGGGUCAAACGGAUGUCAAGGAAAUCCACUGGCACCCACAGGUGCCCGGGGUGCUGGUGUCUACGGCUCUGUCUGGCUUCAACGUGUUCAGAACCAUCUCUGUAUAGAAGUGGGCGUGUUUGUCGAUAGUGUAUAUGUUUUGUGAAGAGGGACUGUUUGAGAGUUGUGAGUGUAUAUAUGGGUGUGUAUGUUUCCCCUUCGCCUCUUAUGACAUGCGUGCACAGUACAUGCUAAAUGCCUGUCAUUACAUUUUGACUGGCUGAACUUCCCUGCCUAGGGUUGAACUCCUCUGUAAUAGUUUAUAAAUCAUGUAGAAUACUGUUUGUUCCUUCUUGGCCUUCACAUCUGUAUCAACAUGUACAAAAUAAAACAUGUUUCCAGUUUA